CGAGCACAGAUGGCGCCCGAAUGUCGCGCUCGGAGUAGCUCGGGCCGAUUGCUGCGGGGCCCGCGCCUCGCUGUCCCGACCGCCCGGCGCUGAUGAUGGGAGCCCCAUGACGCAGCAGGCGCACCCCUCACUACAAUGUUCAUCGCCAUACUCGCUUUGUCGUUUCUCGGAUUUUUUUUUAUCAAACCAGUGCCAUGUGAUGCAGCAGAGAACCCGUGCCCCGACGGGCGGCUGUGCCCAGCGCACUGGCUGUGUUGCGAGGUGGGGUGCUGCGCCCCCGGCGCGCCCUCGCGCCGCGACGAUGAGCCCCACAAGGAGCUGCCGUACUACCCGUGGUACGCACAAUGGUCGGUGCUGUUUCUCCUCGGCACACUUGGCGGCAUCGUGCUGUGCUGCGCGUGGUGCCUUCUCGUGCGACGCUCGGCGCACGUGUACGCGUGCUCGCUGGCGUGCUGCGUGCGGCGCCGCGCGUCCGAGCACGACUCGGCCGGCUCCGUCUACCCGCCGCCUCAUUACAGCCGCUGCGGGUCGUUUCACCAAGCACCGCCACCGUACUCAGAGGUAACGUCGAAGCCGGACCUGUAUCCGCUGGUGAUAACGUGCGGCGACGGCGACGGCAAGGGCGGCGGCAACUACCUCAUGGUGCACUACUUCCGGAACUACGUCAUACGCGCGCCAGGCUCUCUCUCAGCGACGAGUACUGCAGAAUCUCUCAACUCCAGUUUCAUAUGCAACGCAGCAAAUGAGGCAAAUUCGAUCAUACCGCCGCCAUACUCGUGCGCGAGCAACUACUCGGAUUGCGGCGUGGCGUGCGGCCGCUCGCUGCUACGCUCGCUGUCCUCGCUGACGGAGCCGCGCGCCGCCCCCGUCCUACCGGUCACUGCCCCCGCCAUCGCCGCCGCCCCGGCCCGAAGCAGGACCACGUCGGACUCCGCGUGCGCGCGCUCGCGGGCCGAGUCCCAGGCCUUCCGGGACAACCUCAUCACUUCCCCUGUACAGCCCCUUGACCCCUCAUUCGACUUAGAGCUCGAGCUGAUAGACUGCGAGAUGUACUGCGACGGCGGCUGCAAGCCUCGCCUGGGCGCUUCGCCCCCGGGCCACCGCUCGCCCGGCGCGCCCGAGCCUUGCCCGCGGGCCGCCUACGCGCCGCGCCCGCCGCCGCCCGCGCCCGCGUCCCCCCCUCGUCCCACCAGCCCCACCCAAUCCCAAGACUCCACGCGGCGACCCAGCGAUGAGCGCCGCCCUCGCAAGAAGCCCAGGAAAUCGAGCUUAUACAUGCCUCUCUCCGUCGCCUACCCCACCAGGACCAGACCCUCCCCUGGUGCCCGCGUCUCCUCUCGCUCGGCCCCUGCUACUCCUUGCGGCGCGCUCCCCAACCUCCUCACGUUCACGCAGCGCGUGUCCGCCUCCCGAGUAGGCUCACGCUCCUCCCGCUUCGAGGAGGAAAGCAACCCAUUGCUAGCCGACAUCGAAAACGCUCGCACUGACCAUAAAUUUUAACUUUUUAAAUCACCGUCUUGACCACUGGCCUAACUCCGGAGUCAUUCUGCCAGCCGUGAACCGACGUUAUGAAUGUUGUGAUUGUAUUAUAAUCUGUGCUCAGUAUAAAGUAGAGCGAACACUUACGCAAUUAAGUAGUUAGUUUAAUGUUAUUCAAAUAUAUUGCAUUUAAAUGUAAGUAAAAGAGCUUGUUGGACCAUUGUUCACUUGCCUUCUGAUAAGAAUUAAAUUUCGA